AUGCCUAAGGUGGACCUAGAUGAGAGCCCCAAGGUCCGGGAGCGCGCCACCCCCCCAGUGGAAACCCCACAGGGCCAGGAGACCCAGCGACUGCCUUCAUCUAAUUGUUUGUUUCCACAGGUUCAGGCUGCUGUUUUGGUAAGAUCUCAUUCUGGAGUGAAUCUGCUGCGGCAUAAACGAGCGUGGGUUAUCCCUCCCACCAUACUGAGGGAAAAUGUGGACUACACCCAAAAGGAAUAUAUUUCCAGGAUCCGAUUCGAUCUACCAAAGGGAACCAAAGUCAGGUACGAAUUAAAGGGCAAAGGAGCAGAUCAAUAUCCAUUCCAUGUGUUCGUGGUUGAUGAGAAGGGACUUGUUAGAGUGACCAAAGUGCUUGACAGGGAGCAGAUUCCCGUCUACAAUAUCACAGCUUUUGCCAGACGCGAAGAUGGCAGCGCAUUAAAUGAGAAUAUUACACUUCAACUUAAGGUUGAAGAUGACAAUGACAAUCCUCCCAGGUUUGAUUCAUCAAUGAAAGCUGAGGUGGAUGAGUGCAUUCCUGAAGGGACUUCAGUCCUACAAAUCAAGGCCAGUGAUGCAGAUGAUCCAGAAACAUCCAACGCUCAGAUCGCCUACUCCAUCAUAGACCAGAAACCACAUGACCAUUUUAAGAUGACCAAGGAUGGCCUGAUCUAUGUCGAUUAUCCUCACUUGGAUAGAGAAGAAGAAGAUACAUACAUUCUAACAGUGACUGCUGCAGAUCUAUACGGCGCACCAGGGGGACACACUACAACAGGCACCGUCACUAUCACACUUAACGAUGUCAACGACAAUCCUCCAACUCUGGAAAAAUCUGCAUAUGAAGGAAGCAUUGAAGAAAACAAAUUUGGUGUUGAGGUGAUGAGGAUCAAAGCACAGGACAACGACCUCGACAACACGGAAAACUGGGAGGCUGUUUUUGAUAUUGUCAAAGGGAAUGAGGAUGGAUAUUUCAGCAUAAAAACUGAUCCCAAAACCAAUGAGGGCAUCUUAGUGCUUGAGAAGGCUGUGGACUUUGAAAAGGUAAAAACCAUGGAUCUGGGGUUAGUAGUACGGAACAAGGCUCCACCGUUUGGAUCCUCUGGAGGAGGGGCUAGUGGGGCUAGUGGGGGCGGUGGGGCUAGUGGGGCUAGUGGGGGCGGUGGAAGCAGUGGGGGUGGUGGGGGCAGUGGGGGUGGAUCUGGAGGAUCCAGUGGAACAGCUUUGAAGACCUAUCCAAUCAAAAUCAACGUGAAGAACCAGCCGGACCCCCCACAUUUUGAUUCAGUUGCCAAAGCUAUUCCAGUAACACGAAACCAGCCCUUCAGCAUUAAUAACAUUGUUGCCCGUUAUCCUGCAAUAGAUGGAGACACUGGGAAUCCAGCAAAGAAUGUUACGUAUCUGAAAGCCAACGACCCCCUCAACUGGCUUAGCAUUGACCCCCAGACAGCUGAGAUCAAACUGACCAAGGACCCUUAUAGCGACCCGUCUACACGCCGUCUGGUCAAUGGGACAUAUUUUGCUGAAAUACUCUGCAUCACAGACGAUAUGCCGGCUAAAACAGCUACUGGCACUAUAGCCAUCGAGGUGCAGCCGUUCAAUGAUCACUGCCCAAAGCUGACCACAGACUUAAUGUCGAUGUGCACAUCAGAGAACAAGCUGAUUGUUAAUGCUGAAGAUGAAGAUGCAUUUCCAUUUGGAGCACCUUUUAACUUUAGCAUUGACCCAGACGGCACACAGGGGAGCUGGCAGGUGAAGCAACACAAUGAGACGGCAGCUAUUGUGCAGGCGAUGGAGGACCUUUGGCCUGGUGUCUACAAACUGAUGUUUGUGGUGGAAGACCAACAGGGAAAGUCUUGCCCAGAAUCACAAAAACUGAAAGUUAGUGUCUGUGUCUGUAAGGAUGGGGAUGUCUGCAAGAAACAAACUGCACCUCCUGCGAAGUUAGUAGGUGCAGGCAUUGGCCUUCUUUUUCUGGGACUGCUACUUCUACUUUUGAUUCCUUUGUUGAUGUGCCUCUGCCAGUGUGGAAGUGCGGCUAAAUAUAAGGACCUCUUUACUGAUGUGCCUUAUUCUACAAAAUCUCAUCUCAUUCACUACGACACUGAACCCCCUGCAGACAAUGUGGAAGCUGCUGCUUUGCUGACCUUACCAACACAGAAUAUAAAGGGUGGGGAUCUACAAUAUGUAGAAGCUCUGCCAGGGGCUGGAUUUGAAAUGCAGCAAUCGGUGGCUUCCAUGAAUCAGGGCAUGUUCCAAGGUGUGUCCUCAAAUGGCUUCAGAGACGAAAUGGGGAUGAACAUGUGGGAAGGCAGUGGCUUUGGGUCCGAAACUCGAGAGUCAAGAGGAUAUCAUGACUUGGCUUUACCAGACAGCUUCCUUUCACUCUACUACAUCCAGAAGACCAGUGGAGAUGAGAACGUUGAGAUAACAGAUACCCAGCUGGUGUACGACUAUGAGGGCGAGGGCUCCCCUGCUGGCUCUGUGGGAUGCUGCAGUCUUCUGGAUUCAGACAAUGACCUGAGUUUCCUUGAUGAUUUUGGACCGAGGUUUAAAACGCUUGCUGAAAUAUGUGGUGGCAAAAUAGUCCAAUCUGAGACGACGACACAAGCGGAGACUGCUCUACCUAAUGUUCCUGUGAGCAACGUUCGAGUGUCAGAGCCAGAUUUGUUGACCAGCCAAGAGGUGUCCCAUAUGUCCAUUGUGCAGUCGGCCAACUCCAGAACCGAGCAGAGGUUAGCCAGUGAAAGAAGGGAGCAGUCUGAGAUCAGGGAGAGCAAGGCCGCAGUGAAGGAAGGGAUGACCUCAGUGCAGGCAGGGAUGGCGCACCAGAACCAGAUGGUAGUUCUAAACCAACAGCAGCCCGUCUACUUUACCACCGCGCCUAUGAUGCAGCCCAUGCACUAUGUUGUUCAGCAGCCCCUUCAGAAUGCAGUGAUACUAGCUGAGGCACCUGCCUCCAGUCUUCAGCACAUGGUAAUGGUUAAUGGCACUGAUAUCGCCUCAUCCCAGGGAGUUAUUGUUCAAGGUCAGACAAUGAUGCCCAAUGUACAAACCCAGAGCCUUGGGGCAGUGCUGGUUUACAGCAGGGUUAACCAGGGAACCACUGGGAACCUGAUCUCUGGCUCCCAAAACAUGAUGUUUGUUGAAAGCAAUGUCCCUGCUGGAUCUGUGAGAGUACUAAACGGUAACCAGGUUAGCCUUGCUCAGGGUGGUGCGACACUAAACGGGUUGUCAGGAUCUCAGACAAUCAUUAAGAAGCGGGAGUCAAACAGCAGAGGGCAGCAGAGUCAGGGUGGAAAAGGUUCCUUCCAAAAGUCUGAAGUCUCGCGUGGUCAAAAGGUUCAUGUGAUCAGUGGUGCAUCCGGCGGCUCUGAGGGAAGCACCUCUUCCUACACCCUUACUACAUCCACCAACAAUGGAGUAGUUGUUGGGCAGAAGCCCAGAGUAAUGAACUAGAGACGCUGCGUCUACUGCAGUCAACAAUCACCUAUUGUGUGGUCUAGGGUGAUGGGAGCUUAUCUAAAGCAGGUGUUUGGGUUAAGCAAUAGUUCCCAAAGGUUUUAGCACAGUUACCAUUUGUUCUUAUGUCUUGUAAAGUUAGCUGAAACUGCACAGGCUUUGUUUGGGCAUAGCUUCUAUGUUCCCAUGGCCUAAAGAAGCCUGGGAUUAAAAAAUAAUGAGAAGUUUCUACUAUGGCCCUUAAAUUUGCCUGACCUACAGUAGAUAGAUCCAGAAUGUAUAGAUACAAACAGCUGAUUAUAGAGGUGACCUGGAAUUACUUUAGGGUUAGGGUUAGGAUUUACUUGAUGAUAACAACCUACUGAGCCUAAUCUAGAGCCAUUCUGUGGGACUGAUAACCUCUAAUAACGACCAUUUAUUGGGAUGAUAUAAUGUUGCUGCAAACAGUGCAACAACAGUGUAAAAGAAGACGGUAUCAACCUGAGGAUGAAGCCAUGAGAUGAUGAACUGGUUCUACCUGUUACAACGUUUUUAUUCUCUGAAUUUGUUUUACUGAACAUGUAUUCCUGAUAUCUAAAAAAAACUUUUUUUAUUCUCAGGAUGACCAUUUUAAAUAAAAUGCCAUUCUUCACAUCUAUAAUAAACAUUCCGGAUGUCUAGAAAUUAAUUAUAUA